AUGACAAUGAGUUCUUCCGAGGAUUGCCGCGAUGUGAUUGAGGCUUACUACAGCAGGCGCCCACCUGGUCAUGGAACAAUAUGCGCUGAGCCACUCAGCCCAACAUCUAAGCUGGGCUUCUCCUUCGCCCAAAAUGCGCGGGAGGGCCAUGUGCAAAACUCAACAAACAAACAAAUAUACCUGCGUGACUAUCGAAAUCGCCCACCAUUCAAGCCUGCACAAACUCCUCUCUAUCCCGCUUCCAUGCAUCAGAAGGGUCAGAGUUAUUGA